AUGUCGCCCCGGCCCCCCGCCAUGCAUGCUGGACCGCAUGAUGGGCCGCCGGCUGGGCCGGCCUCUUCUGGUGUGGCCUCCCCUGGCGGGGUCUCUCCUAGCGUGGCUUCGACCCCGCCUCUGUCGCCCGCACCAACCCCGCCUCUGUCGCCCGCCCCGACCCCGCCCCGGUCGCCUGCUGACGUGGUCGCCGCCUCGUUGUCGCCUGGCUCUCCCGAUGCCGCGGCCUCGACCUCAGCUCGAUCCGCCUCUCUCGUGGACGUCGUGGAUGCCUCGGCCUCGCCGCCACCCGCGGCUGCUCCGACGGCCAGGCCCGUCACCCGCUCGCGCACUGGUGUCUUCCGCCCAAGCUCCCGCUAUGCGGAUGACUACGUCUGCACCGCCUCUACGUCUGCUCCUUCCCCGCUGCCAUCCUCGGCUCCUCGUGCCUGGUACCAACGCAUCACAGCGUUUCUUAAUCAACUCGGCUUCCGCUCUACACGCUCCGAUGCUUCGCCGUUCGUUUAUCACCAGGGCACCAACACGGCGUACUUGCUGCUCUAUGUUGACGACAUCAUCUUGACAGCAUGCACUCCUGAGCUCCUUCGCCGGCUCACUGAUCGUCUCCGUGCUGAGUUUGCCAUGAAGGACUUGGGUCCGUUGCACUACUUCCUCGGCGUUGAGGUGGUGCGUCGUCCUGAUGGUUUUUUCCUUCAUCAACGGAAGUACGCUCAUGAGCUCCUCGACCAUGCUGGAAUGCUUAACUGCAAACCGGCUGCCACUCCUGUCGACACGAAGGCCAAGCUCUCUGCUACUGAUGGUACUCCCGCUCCGGAUGCUGGCUUCUACCGGUCCAUUGUUGGUGCUCUCCAGUACCUCACUCUCACUCGACCGGAGCUUCAGUACGCGGUUCAGCAGGUCUGCCUGCAUAUGCAUGCUCCUCGAGACGUUCACUGGACCGCUGUUAAGCGGAUUCUUCGCUACAUCCGUGGUGCUAUGGAUCUUGGUCUUACUCUGCGCGCCUCCACUGCCACUGAUCUGGUCGCCUACUCCGAUGCCGAUUGGGCUGGCUGCCCGGACACCCGUUGUUCUACUUCGGGCUACUGCAUCUUUCUUGGACCAUCCCUGGUGUCGUGGUCGUCCAAGCGGCAGCCUACCGUCUCGCGGUCUAGCGCCGAGGCCGAGUACCGCGUUGUGGCUAACGUCGUUGCUGAGUGCUCCUGGCUUCGUCAGCUUCUUCACGAGCUCUCGUGUCCUGUUGAGAAGGCCACAGUCGUCUACUGCGACAACUCACCAGGUACGGCCGUACCGGUACCGGUACUAGUAGAAAAAUCAUUUUUCGUCGCUCCCACUUCCACUCCUAUUCCUCGUGUCAAAGCGCGCGUCCGAAGCUCGCUCCAGUUAUUACCGCCAAUGGAGCUGCAGGAAGACAAGCGUGCCGCGGAUGAGGAGAGCCAGCCUCACUUCCUGAUCGUGACGUACCCGGCGCAGGGGCACAUCACCCCGGCGCGUCACCUCGCGCGCCGUCUCGUGCGCGCGGCUGCCGGCGCCGGCGGUGCGCGCGUCACCAUAUGCACCCCUGUCUCGGCCUUUCGGAAGAUGUUCGCUGACGCAACAAGCGCGGUGGGCGGCGACGAGAUAAGGGAAGAGGGCGGGGUCGCAUACGCCGCUUACUCCGACGGCUACGACGGUGGGUUCGACCGCACCGCGGGCGACUACGCGCACUACAUGUCGCAGGUGAGGCUGGAGGGAGCGCGCACGCUGUCCGGGCUGCUCCGGCGCCUCGGCGAUCGCGGGCACCCCGUCACCUGCGCAGUGUACACGCUGCUCAUGCCGUGGGUGGCCGGCGUUGCGCGGGCGUACGGCGUGGCGGUCGUCGCGGUGUUCUGGAUCCAGCCGGUCACCGCGCUCGCCGCGUACUACCACUACUUUCGAGGGAGCCGGGAGGCCGUCAUGGUAGCCGCCGCGUCGCGUGACCCGAAUGCCGAGGUGUGUAUCCCGGGCCUCCCGCCGCUCCGGUUCCGGGACCUGCCGUCCUUCCUCGCCGUCACCUCGGACGACGACCCCUUUGCCUGCCUGAUCCCGGAGUUCCGCGAGCUCAUCGACGCGCUCGACGGCGACUCCGAGAAGCCCCCGACGUACGUCGUCGCCAACACGUUCGACGCCAUGGAGCCUGACGCGCUGGCUUCGCUGAGGCCUCACGUCGAAGUGGUAACCGUCGGUCCCGUGCUCUCGUUCCUGCACGACGGCCACGACGGCAACAGUCCAAACGACCUGUUCGACCACGACGGCGAAGGCUACCUCCACUGGCUGGAUACGAAGCCGGCCAAGUCGGUGGUGUACAUCUCCUUCGGGAGCACGUCGGUGAUGAGCAAGACGCAGGUCGCCGAGAUAGCGGAGGCCAUGAGCCAGUCCAACAGGCCGUUCCUGUGGGUGCUACGGAAAGACAACUGCAGGGACAAGGACGAAGGCGACGCGAUCAAGGGACUCCUCGCAACGGCGUCGGCGGCCACGUACGACGACGACGCCGGCGGCGGCAUGGUGGUGGAGUGGUGCGACCAGGCGCGUGUGCUCUCGCAUCCGUCCGUGGGGUGCUUCGUGACGCACUGCGGGUGGAACUCGACGCUGGAGAGCGUGGCCUGCGGCGUGCCCAUAGUUGCGGCGCCGCAGUACUCGGACCAGGGGACGAACGCGUGGCUCGUGGAGCGGGCGCUGGGCGUGGGUGUCCGCGCCGCGGCGCGCGCGGAGGACGGCGUCCUGGAGACCGGGGAGCUGAGGAGGUGCGUGGAGAUCGCUACGUCGGAGGCGGUGACGUCGCGCGCCGCGUCGUGGAAGGAGGAGGCGAGGGUGGCCGUGGCCGACGGCGGCGGCUCGGACCGGAGCCUGAUGGAGUUCGUGCGGCGGAUUGCACGCGGUAGUACCUGAAAUUGUUACUGCGGCUGCACGUUUGUUCCGGUUAUUAGUUACUGUCGUGAGUGUAUUAAUGCCGCGGGAGAUUCUGACUACCCUGCCCAUGGAAGGAUAAGAGGAUCAAAAGCUGAAGCGAAGUGAUUGAUGCGAUGCUUAUCGUGUCCGGAUGUCUCUCUCUUUCGGUCAUUCUCAAGACGGAGGAUAGGGCGAUGUAUGGAGAUGCACAAAGCCGUAUGGCAGGCGAGCAGUUAUGUACUAGUACUAGCUUUGUUUGUCUAAAAAAGAUUGGAAAUGCAGCCGUACUUUGAUGCA